AUGACUGCACCACUUGAUCGUUGGCUACAGAGAAAAAUAAGAAAACCGUUGGCUGGCUGCAUCUCAACUCCAACCUCAAACCCAUCCCUCUCCAAUUUCCUAAUCGAAACCCUAGCAUUCUCCGAACCACAAGCCAUUUCCAUCUCCAGCCGCUUGCCAUCCAGAAAAUCCCUAGAAAAGCCACAAUCCGUGGUUCAAUUUCUCAAACAACUCGGCUUCUCCGAUGCCCACAUUCGAUCCGCCAUUCAGCUCACCCCCAAUAUCCUUUUGUCCGACGUAGACAAGACUUUGAAGCCGAAGCUGCAGUUCUUUCAGAACCUGGGUUUCACUGAUCCUGAUAUGGGUAAGUUCAUUUCAAAGCAUUCUAAUGUUUUGCUUCGUAGUUUGGAGAGAACAUUGAUACCCUGGGUUGAUACAAUCAAGAACACCCUCGUGAAUGAUGAGAACAAUCAGGAUUUGAUUCGGGUUCUGAAGAGGUCGUAUCGGGUGGGCUCUGUAUCGAGAUUGAAAUGCAACAUUGCCUUCUUGGAGAGCUGUGGCAUUGUUGGGUCCCAGCUCUCAAUGCUUAUGAGGCGCCAAGUUUCGAUUUUCCAUCUGCCUCAGCCGGCUCUUAGAGACCUUGUUUCGCGAGUUUUAGAUAUGGGUUUCUCGGUUGGUUCAAGGAUGUUGGUUUAUGCUGUGCUUACAGUUAGUUGCAUUAGUGUUGAUACUUUUAGAAGGAAGAUUGAAUUGUUUAGGAGUUUUGGGUUUUCAACGGAUGAAUGUAUGGAAAUGUUUAGGAUGAAUCCCAUUUUACUUAAGUCCUCAGAAGAUAAGUUGAAGUUUGGGAUUGAUUUCUUCUUGAAUGAUUUCAAGUUAGAAAGGUUUGCAUUAGUUAGUUGGCCUUAUUGUUUGGCAUACAACAUCGAGAAGAGAGUAAUCCCUCGUUGUAGAGUUUUACGGGUUAUCAUGUCCAAGGGGCUCUUACAGAAGGAACCUAGUCUUAAUUCUGUAUUGACUUUGUCAGAAGAGAAGUUUCUAGUAAAAUUUAUAUCAAGGUUUCCAGAUGAUGCGGAGGAAAUUUUGGAGAUUUACAAGGGUGACCUUUUGGAUUCUUGA